AUGUCUAUUUCUUAUACAUCAUCAUCAUCAAGUAAUAUGCCUUCAAUAGGAUCAGAAACACAAGAACAACAUAAUGUUCAAGAAAAAAGUGGAAUGUUACAACAAAAUUUUCAAAAUAUUGAAACAUUACGUAAAAUGUUAUUUGCACCAUCUGAUAAAGAUAAAUUAGCAGCAUUAAAAGCAAUUAUUAAAUUAGAAAAUACAGGAUUAGAUACAUCAGAAUUAUUUGCUGAAAUUGCUAUGAAUGUUGGUAGUCAAGAAAUGGAAUUAAGAAAACUUGUAUGUAUGUAUAUUGUAAAUCAUUCAGAAAAAGAUCCAACAAAUGCAUUAAUGGCAGUUAAUACAAUGCAUAAAGCAUUAAGUUCACCACAUACAUUUAUUCGUACAACUGCAUUACAAUCAAUUACAUCAUUAAGAGUAAGAGAUAUUGCACAAUUAAUGGUUAUUGCUGUUUCAAAAGCAAUAAAAGAUACAUCACCUUAUGUAAGAAAAGCAGCAGCACUUGCAAUUCCUAAAAUUUAUAGUCUUGAUGAAAGAAGAUUUGAUGAAUGUGUUAAUUUAAUUGUUCAAAUGUUAGAUGAUAAAAAUCCAAUUGUUCUUGGUUCUACAUGUUAUAGUUUUCUUCAAGUAUGUCCAAAUAGAUUUGAAUUUAUUCAUAAACAUUAUAUUAAAUUAUGUCAAGCAUUAGUUGAUUGUGAAGAAUGGGGACAAAUACCAAUUAUGACAGUUCUUAUGCAUUAUGCUAGAACACAAUUUACUGAUCCUAAUUUAAUUGAACUAGAUGAAGAACAUGAAAUGGAUAAAGAUUUAACAUUUCUUAUUAGUAGUGUUAGUCCAUUAUUUUAUUCUAUGAAUCCUGCUGUUGUAGUUCAAGCAACAUUAUUAUAUUUCCAUGUAGGACAUCAACAAGAUAGAAUUAAAGCAGCAAGAGGAAUAAUGAAAUUAACAUCAUCAUCUUUAUUAACACAACAAUUUUUAUAUCCAGUUUUAUUAUCAUUAAUUCAACAACAACCAAAUGUUUUUGUAGAUUAUUUAGAAGAUUUCUUUUUAUAUCCAGAUGAUCCUACUGAAAUUUGUGAAUUAAAAUUAGAAAUUAUUACAUUACUUGUUCAAGAAACAAAUUGUCAAAAAAUUCUUGAUGAAUUAAAAGAUUAUACUACAUGGAGUAAUCCACAUAUUGUUACUCUUGCUAUUCAAGCAAUGUCUAGAUUAGCAAUGAUUAUGCCUGAAACAUCAGAAAGAUGUAUGGUUCAAUUAUUACAAUUUAUGUCAAAUAAAAAUUCAGAAAUUGUAGCAGAAGCAGUUAUUGGAAUUAAAAAAUUAUUACAAUUAUCUAAAAAUGGUCAAAAUGAUCCAGAACGUGAUUUAAGAAUUAUUGGUAAAAUGUCUAAAUUACUUAUUGAUAUGAAAAUUCCACAAGCACGUGCAAGUAUUGUUUGGGUUAUUGGAGAAUAUUCUCAAAUGGUUCCUAAACUUGGACCAGAUAUAUUAAGAAUUCUUGCUAAAACAUUUAUUGAAGAAGAUAAAUGUGUUAAACAACAAAUAUUAACUUUUGCAGGAAAAUUAUAUAUUACAAAUAAAGAACAAAGUGAGAAAUUAGUUAGAUAUAUUUUCCAACUUGCUAUGUAUGAUAAUUCAUUUGAUAUUCGUGAUAGAGAAAGAUUAUUAAGAAGAUUCUUAUUUGCUGAAAAUAAUGAACAUUGUAAAGAAUUAUUUAAACAUGCAAAAGAUAUUCUUCUUUCUGAUAAACCAACUCCUGUCAUUAAUGGUUUUAAUCAACAACGUCAAGGAUUAUUAGAAGGAACUUUAUCACACUAUCUAAAUACUAUUAUCAAUGGAUAUACAGAUCUUGAAGAUUUUGCUCUUCAAGCUAGUGAUCCAUCUCUUAGAAAAACAAAUGUUGUUAUUGAAGAAACACCUAAAACUAAAAUAAAGACUGAAAAGAAAAAGAAAGAAAUUGAUGAAGAUGACCUUGAAGGAUGGUUGAAUGGAGAUGGAGAAAAAGGAACUGGAAAGAAACAUGGAGGAAUAUGGGGAACUGAUGUUAGUUCAUCUGAAGAAGAAGAGAGUGAAGAAGAAGAAGAAAGUGAAAAAGAAGACCAAGAUGAAAACGAAGAAAAAGAAGAAGAAAAUAUUGAGGAACAACAAAAAGAAAAUAAUGUAACUAAUGAAGAUGAUUUUGACUGGGAAGAAGCAUUAGGACUUGUUCAAUCUAAUCUUAAUAAAGAGGAAGAUAAAGAAGAAGAAAAACCUAAAGAACAAGAAGAAAUUGCUGAUGAUGCAUUUGAAAAUGAUGGAGAAUUUGUUGUUGAAAAUGGUGAAAAUGAUGAUUGGGGAUUACUUGAAGAUGAAGGAGAAAAUCUACAAGAAAUAAAAAAAGAAGAAGAAGAAGAAAAAGAAAUAAAAAAAGAAGAAGAAGAAAAAGAAAUAAAAAAAGAAGAAAUAAAUCAAGAAAAUAUUAAAGAAGAAGAAAAAGAAGAAAAACAUGAAGAAAUAAAUCAAGAAAAUACAGAUGUUAAUGAUUUUAUAGGAUCAGAUGAACAUCAAAAUGAUAAUCUAAAAGAUUCAGGAUUUGGAGAAUUUUAA